CCUCAAUUAUUCUUUCUACAAUUCCAACAAUACUGUCUGUGUUUCUCUACAAAGACUUCAAAACUCCAAAACUCUCUCUCUCUCUCUCUCUCUCUCUCCGAGUCUCUCUCGCUCACACAAACAAGCAAAGCGCAUUUUCAUUCUGUAGUCUGUACAAAGCCUCUCGAUAUCUUUUCAUUGUGGCUCACUCAUUUCUGCAGGUGAAGAUAUCAUACAUUUGCUGUUGAACUGAAUCUAUUAAUAAUUGCUGUUCUACUUCUCCACUGUUCUACCAGAGGCUGGACUCAUAAUCUUCUUCAUUUCUUCAGUAUUCUUAGGUUGUCACAAAAACUAGGGAAUGCUGAAAGAUGUGCUUGAAAGAUGAGAAUUCUCUCUCUGAGGAUUAUGAGAUUGUCACUCUAUUUGGGCUGCAUUCAUUUAUCUUUGAUGAGAUUGGGUGUUUAACUUACUGCUCAUUACAAUUCUGUGCUCAAACUCCCUGUGCAGCUAGAAAUUUAAGAGAGUAUUUCAUUUCAGAACAUGAUGUCUGUGAAGAUGGUUGAGCUUUUAUUUUGUUGAAAUAAGUUAUUAUCUUAUAAAUACCUGUAUCAAAGAUAUUGUGCCAGCGGGCGAAGUAAGUUUUAUUGCACUCAAUCGGUACUUGGCAUGGAAGACAAAGUGACUGUAUUGAUGCAACGGUAUGAAUUAGGGAGACAAUUGGGCCAAGGUACCUUUGCCAAGGUUUACCAUGCAAGGAACCUUAAAACUGGCAUGAGUGCGGCCAUUAAGGUAAUCGAUAAAGAGAAAAUCUUGAAGGUUGGGAUGGUUGAACAGAUUAAGCGGGAAAUUUCUAGCAUGAGUAUGAUCAAGCAUCCAAACGUGGUGGAGCUUUAUGAGGUUAUGGCCAGCAAAACUAAGAUUUACUUUGUUAUGGAGUAUGCCAAGGGUGGUGAGCUUUUCAGCAAGGUAGCCAAAGGAAAGCUCAAGGAGGAUGCUGCUAGAAGAUAUUUCCAACAACUGAUCAGUGCUGUUGAUUAUUGCCACAGUCGAGGUGUGUGUCAUCGAGAUUUGAAGCCAGAAAACCUACUGUUGGAUGAGAAUGGAAAUCUAAAAGUUUCAGAUUUUGGAUUGAGUGCCCUUGCUGAAUCUAAGCAUCAAGAUGGGUUGCUCCAUACAACCUGUGGGACUCCUGCAUAUGUUGCUCCAGAAGUAAUUAACAGAAAAGGCUAUGAUGGAUCCAAAGCUGAUAUUUGGUCAUGUGGGGUGAUUUUAUAUGUUCUGUUGGCUGGUUAUCUUCCAUUCCAUGAUUCAAAUCUGAUGGAAAUGUAUAGGAAGAUUGGUAAGGGUGACUUUAAAUUCCCUAACUGGUUUGGCCCCGAGGUGAGAAGGUUGUUGUCGAAGAUCUUGGAUCCAAACCCAAAUACAAGGAUAUCCAUUGCCAAGAUAAUGGAUAAUUCUUGGUUUCGAAGGGGGUUACCGCCCAAACCCCGAAUUAUUCAAUCAGAAGUGAAAGAACCUACCCCUAUAGAUGUUGAUGCAGUUUUUGGACCAAAUGAGAGUAGCAGUUCCAGCACCGAGUCAAAGCAAGAAUUGGCAAAGCCUUCUAAUUUGAAUGCAUUUGAUAUCAUCUCUCUGUCGGCAGGCUUUGAUUUGUCUGGUUUGUUUGAGGAGACUGAACAGAAGAAAGAAGUGCGAUUCACAUCCAACAAACCUUCCUCAAUCAUAUUAUCUAAGCUGGAAGAGAUUGCCAAGCGAUUGAGACUGAAAGUGAAAAAGAAAGAUGUAGGAUUGUUGAAAAUGGAGGGGUCUAAGGCUGGAAGGAAAGGGCUCUUGGGAAUUGAUGCCGAGAUCUUUGAGAUCACCCCACAUUUCCAUAUGGUGGAGAUGAAAAAGUCGAGUGGAGAUACGCUGGAGUACAAAAAAAUGUUGAAACAGGACAUAAGACCAGCACUCAAGGACAUUGUUUGGACCUGGCAAGGAGAGCAGCAGCAGCAGCAGACGCAGCCACAGCAGCAACAAGAAGAAGUAGACCAACAACCUGCCAAUGUUCUUUUGCCGCUAGCUGUAUCUCCUCUGGAUUCAUAGAAGUGGGUGUAUAUAAUGGAUUAAUUUUAAUUUGUGUCUUAAACUUGUUAGAUUCUUAAUCUUUUGUUGUUAGUCUGUCAUUGUGACUAAAAACAUUAAUUACAGCAAAAGAAAAGAAGGUAAUUCCAGAACAAGGCAUCUAAUUUGCUGUUUGUUUUA